CCUGCUGUCCUGAGGGUAGCUCCAUUCUCGAUCCCCCCCACGACCUCAUCCCAUCUUCAUUCACCUUCAUCCAUCGCCUACCCACAUUCCCAUCCCCACUGGAGCUUGUCAAAGUGAAAACACGCAUCCAUGGCUGAUCGCUACUCCUUCUCUCUGACCACGUUCUCCCCUAGUGGAAAGCUGGUACAGAUCGAAUAUGCCUUGAACGCUGUCAACCAGGGUGUGACUGCUCUGGGUAUCAAAGCAACCAACGGGAUUGUCCUUGCCACCGAAAAGAAAUCCUCCUCUCCGCUUAUUGACCCGCCUUCCCUCUCCAAGAUCUCCCUGAUCACCCCCGACAUCGGCAUGGUCUAUGCAGGAAUGGGCCCAGACUACCGUGUGCUCGUUGACCGGGCACGUAAGGUUUCUCACACUGGUUACAAGCGCAUCUACAACGAAUACCCUCCUACUCGUAUAUUAGUGCAGGAUGUUGCCCGCGUCGUGCAAGAGGCGACGCAGUCUGGUGGUGUCCGACCGUACGGUGUCAGCUUGUUGAUCGCCGGCUGGGAUGAGGGCGUCGAGCCUGAAUCGGGAGAGGCUCAGCGGGGCGAUGACGAGGACGAGCCCAAGAAGGCAACCGGAAAGACGGGUGGUAUUCUGAAGGGCGGACCCAGUCUGUAUCAAGUCGACCCCAGUGGCAGUUACUACCCAUGGAAGGCCACAGCCAUUGGAAAGCACGCGACGAGCGCAAAGACAUUCCUUGAAAAGCGUUACACUGAGGGUCUCGAGUUGGAAGAUGCCAUCCACAUUGCUCUUCUGACCCUGAAGGAAACUAUUGAGGGGGAGAUGAAUGGUGAUACGAUAGAAAUUGGCAUUGUUGGUCCUCCUGCCGAUCAUCUGCUCGGCUAUGAAGGCGUCGAGGGCUCGCGCGGACCCCGUUUCAGGAAGUUGAGCAAGGAGGAGAUUGAGGACUACCUCACCAACCUAUGAAAUGUCCCUACGAUACAAAUCUUGACAUACGGAGCCUUGUAGUAUAAUAGACAUGUCUCACGUCUUGCGAGGUUCUCAUGAUAUAACAGCGUGUCCCGCCAACCCGGAAACUUGGAGGCUGCAUGGAUGGUUUCCAGGGUCGAACCGGGGACCUGGCGAAUUGUUAGUUGGGCGGUUCUAGACUCGCCAGUAAUACUUCAAAACCUGAUUCGGAAUGAAUGCUCUUGUCAAUGAGAUUGAAUGACUGCCA